AUGUCUGAUAAACUAAGUCCUGAGCAAAUCGAAGAGUUUAAGGAAGCAUUUGCCAUCUUUGAUAAAAAUGGAGAUGGUAAGAUCAGUCCUAGUGAAUUGGGUACUGUCAUGAGAGCACUCGGACAGAAUCCAACACAACAAGAAUUGAAUGAUUUGGUCAAUGAAAUCGACUCAAAUGGUAACUCCAUGAUUGAGUUUUCCGAGUUUUUGACCAUCAUGGCAAGGCAAAUCAAAGAACAAGAUGUUGAAGCUGAAAUCCUUGAAGCUUUCAAGGUGUUUGAUUCUGAUGGUGACGGUAAGAUUUCACAAACAGAGUUGGUCAGAGUUUUAACUACAAUUGGUGAAAAAUUAACGGAUGCAGAGGCAAAGCAAAUGCUUGAAGCGGCAGACACUGAUUCUGACGGCCAAAUCGAUAUUGAGGAAUUUGCAAGAGUCUUGAAGGGUAAAUAA